GGUCUGUGCGCCUGUGCUUUGCAAGGCCUCGACUCAGAGCCAUCGUGGCGCUCUCUACCAGCCUUCGAGCUAGUCGAUGCGUCGCCUUGCUGUCACCUACCUCCUUGCAUUGACUAGUAUGCUGUGCAAAUCGAGGGAUUUUCUUGCCCGGCACCUAAGUAAGCUCCAGAACCGUCGACCAAGAUAUUGCACAGACCUGGUAAGAUGGUAUAAGUUCGCGAAGGUUGCCAGCCGUUGGAAGGUGUCUAUUCAACGCUCUUUCAAGUCGCUCAUUCUUCAUCUACGUCUGCUUAGACGGUUCACUCAUUCAAACACGCUCUUUUACAGCAGCCCUUGCUAGCAUCCAUUCAUUUAUAUCAUUCUUUACUAUCGCAAAGACAGGACAGACGCAGAAUGACGUCCACCACCCACCAAGCGAUCCUCGCAGCAGUACUUGUACUUGCAUCUGGUGUUCGUGCACACGGCACCGUCUCUGGCGUUGUUGCAGGAGGAAACUGGUAUUCAGGUUACAAUGCCAAUUUCCAAUGGCGAAACCCCAUCCCAGUGGUCCCAGCCUGGACCGCCAAUACCUUGGACAACGGCUUUGUCGACAACUAUGCAUCUCCAGAUAUGAUCUGCCAUAAAGUUGCAACUGCAGGCGGUUCUUAUGUCACGGUGGCAGCUGGCAGCACCGUCGAACUUCAAUGGACCCCUUGGCCCGAGUCUCACCACGGCCCUGUCUUGGAUUACCUUGCUUCCUGCAGAGGUGACUGCCAGACAGUCGAUAAGACAACGCUGUUGUUCAACAAGAUCAAUGAAGGUGGAUUGAUUUCGGGAAGUAAUCCAGGUCGAUGGGCAUCAGAUGAACUGAUUACGCGGAACAACUCAUGGACAGUGACUAUCCCAGCGAGUAUCGCGCCAGGAAAAUAUGUCCUUCGUCACGAGAUCAUUGCCUUGCACUCAGCUGGCAGUCUGAACGGCGCCCAGAACUACCCAUCUUGCUUCAAUCUCGAGGUCACUGGCUCUGGCACCAAUACCCUCGCCACCGGCACCCUUGGCACUCAGCUAUACAAUGCCCAGGAUCCUGGCAUUUUGUUCAACCUCUACAGGACUUUCUCGUCAUAUAUCAUCCCAGGCCCUGCUCUUAUGAGCGGAGGAGGCUCUGACAACCCUCCACCGGCUUCCAGCUCGCAGGCAACCUCGACGCCAACACCAUCACCAACUCCAUCUCCGACUCCUACCCCGUCUCAGUCCAGCAGCACCCCACCCACGCCUCCUGCCUCGUCAUCGUCUUCUAGCCCUGUGUCGUUCUCAAGCACGGUCACAGGCCGCAUUGGCAAACCAACAAAGUUCACUUGCUACGUGGAUGAGGAGCUGUAGUCUAACCAAGCGGUUUGGGAACUAGCCGUAUAGACUGCGGCGAACUGACGCUGGGACGAGUUGAGGUGUCAUGUCGGAGGAAGAUAGUCGCAUCUAGCAAGCAUAUGCAUUGUCAAUAGAUCUCGAGGCUGACCAACGUGUCAGACUGCAUUCAAUAAUAUCCAAAAAAUAAAAUCAUCAUAUAUAUUCUUCUCCC